ACUAAAUACUACUACUAAUAAUAAUAGUAACAAUAGCUCAUUGGUUUAAUGUUGGGAUCUAAUAAAUAAUAAAAAACCACACAGAGAGAAGACACGGCGGAACCCGUGGCUUUUAUUUUGAUACGGUGGACUGAAGUUGGAGGGAAGGCGUCACUCUUGGUGCAGCUGCAGCAGCAGAGCGAAGACCGCAGACUGCAGACGAACGCUGAGCGUGUUUAUCUUCCGUCCUCAGUCGACUUCAUUCACUCUACUGACCCGUCGGGGAAACUUCAUUCAGCACAGAAACAGGACUUUAAUAAGAUUUUUCCUGCAUUUGAUAAAAGUUUAAAAUAUGCUGCUGCGCUCAAACUGCGCAGGGAGAAGCGGGCAGGCUUAGAAUAAACUCGUCUAAAGUUUGAGUCGACUCCAGAGGGGAGGAAAGAAAAAGCCCUUUGCCACUUCUCCUUCACGUUCUUCUAAACCUCCCUGAAACUUCUCAAUGGAAGCCUCAGGAAAGUAUGACUUUAUCGCAACAGAGGACGAGGAGCUCAGCUUCAGAAAGGGUGAUUUACUAAAGAUUAUAAACGUUGAAGGUGAUUGGUGUAAGGCGGAGAUGAAUGGACGGGAAGGAUUUGUACCACAUAACUACAUCGAUUUCCAGAUUCCGGGGUGGUUUAAGGAGGACGCCAGUCGCAGUGCUGCAGAGGACAUACUCAAGUCCAAAACUGUCGGGGAGUUUCUGAUCCGAGGGUGCCAAACCUCCCUGGGGGAUUUCUCCAUUUCUGUCAAACAUGAGAAUGACGUCCAGCACUUCAGAGUGAUGAGGGACAACAAAGGCCAGUACUUCCUGUGGCAGGAGAAGUUCACCUCCCUCAACAAGCUGGUGGAGUUCUACAAAACCAACACCAUCUCUAAAAGCAGGGUGAUUUACCUCAACGAUGGCAGCCUCAACGACAGCAAAGGGUUCCCCUCCCCAUCCCAGCCGGUGAAGAGGGGGAGUUUGCCUGAGCAACGUACAACACCAGCUUUCAAUACGGCUCCACGCCGAUCUUCAGACCAGAGUACCAGCUCGAUGGGCAGAAGACCCGAGCUGGAGGCGCGAGCGCAUACGAUCGGCCACACAGGAAGAAACAGUCCUUCUACUUCGGCUCAGCCUCUGAGACGCACCUCUGAAACCUUGCCUCUGCCUCAGAGACCAUCCACGCUGCAGGUCAGGGCACUCUACAAAUUCACCGCAGAGGAAGACGACGAGCUCGAAUUUUCCGCCGGCGACAUCAUCGACGUGCUGGAUAACUCCGAUGCGUCGUGGUGGAAAGGCAGGCUGAGAGGAUCGACUGGGCUGUUUCCCGCAAACUACACAGAGCAGCUGUAAGGAAACGCCACAGGCGAUGAUUUUAAAACGCCUGCGUGCGUUCAGACUCGAUCUGCGGCUGCGUCAGCUCUUGAUGGGUUUCUGAACGUGAACCAGCAGGCUUCUGUAUGUGCUGCGUGUCAGCCUCCUACCAGAGGACUGAGGCAGUGCAGCUUUAUUUACAAAGGAGCAGAGACACCUGCAGGAACUUCCUACAGCUCCCACAUGUUCACCUGGCACACAGGAAAUGCUGCAAAUGAUGCCUGAGGAUGUUGUUUGUAUCAUGACGUGUCAGUAAGCAUGUGUCUGAAUGCUUGCUGGCCAGGCUGCUGAUGAAUGGACUGUCUGCUCACUUUUGACACAUUUUUAUCAAAAAAUGUUAUUGACUUUUUAAAUAAACUUUUUUUUAUCACCACCUUCAUGUUUAAAUGAUGCUCACUCAUAACGAGGGCUUUCUGUGGGGUUUUAUCUUAUCACAUUUUACCUGUGAUAUUCCUGAUAUUCAUUUGGGUAUUUCUAUCGUUUUAAAGGUGAGUUUUUAUUUCUUUUAUGUAAAAUUUAAUGUUUUAUUCUUGGAGUUGGUCUCUGUAUGAUUCACAAAUCAAAAUAAUCUUUUUUUUUUUUUUUAUCUCUUACUGGGCUUUGGUGCAGCUACCAGCCCUGAAAUGAGCCAUUUUAACUCCGCCCCCUUUAAAGAUACAUUUUUGUAUUUUUUGUAUUGUAUUAAACUCUCACCACUAGUGGGCAGUGUUUUACUAGAAAGUUUUUAAUGAAUCACAUUUAACCAACAUUAAUAACGUCACAUAUCGUUUUAGAGUCGUAGUAAAAAUUAUAAAAAUGAUUUGCACAUCCAUUUAAACUAGGCCGUGUAAGACCCAAGUGUAACGUCAAUACAAAAUAAAUAAAAUGCCGUUGUUAAGAAUAAUAAAAAAAAACUAAAAAUGUGAAAGUUAACAGAACAAAACUGAGGUUCAGAAUAUUAAAGAUGCAGUAAAACCUAUAAUUACAUUUAUUAGGCCCUGCUGUAUAACCGAGUCUUUAACGAUAAAAAGAAGAAAAGACUUUUAAUGAUGUGGUUAAAAAGCCAUGAAGCACUAAUCGAGCGAACAAUACUCCUUGUGAAUCACAUAUCUACAAAAAGCUAACAUAGCAAACAUAAACUGUUGCUGCAUUUUUUUUAUCGUUAAUUUCCCAGACUCUGUGCUGGCGGCGAUAAAAGUCGCUUCCCGAGUCCUUCAGCUGUGGUUUAAAUAGCUGUUCUACAACGUCUUCCUCUCCGUCAGUAUUUCCUCUUCCUCUUAUGGCUGACUGGAUGCUACAAUCACCCACUGUACCUCUUGUGGUUCAAAUUUGCAAAUGCACUGUUUACAGUUUGAGCACACAUUCACACCAGCGCUUUUUUCACACAUUUACACAGUUCGACAUGCAGACAGCCCUACAAUAUUUAACUUUAGUCGAUUUGUCUUCAGCACAGUACAAACACGAUAUGGAAAUCAUGACCGAGGUUGUUUCUUUAAAUUUUUUUGGCUGUUUCAAUUAAUUUCGAAAGCUUUAAAUGUGUUUUAAACACAGGAAGUUACAUUCAGUUGCUUUUAAGGCUUCGCUUUAAGCUAACUUUCUUCUGAUUGGUUGUCUCUCGCAAACAAGUGGGUUUGCAAGCAGGUGGGUGGGGCUUUGGUGCUCACAGCCAGAGAUGAAAAAGUUCAUAUUCACAAGGUUAAUGUGAACAUGAACCAAUGGAAGACAAAACCUGACAGAAAAUAAUAGAAAUCAUGGCAGAUGUACUUGAAUUAUUGUCCACCUGCUUAACAUUAACCAAAACUCCAGAAGUACACU